UCCAAUCCCUCCUAAGCUGCGGCUGUUACAAAAAUGAUUAUGUUCAUUUCUUUCCUUCAGUACCUUUCAAGCUCAAAUUUAAUAGUCAUACUUCCUACUUCCUAGUUCCUACUUCUCCUCAUCUCUUCCUUCAAAAAAAUUAUCCCAAAUCAAUCAAACCCUAAAAUAAAUUAUUUAUUAUACUCCGUGUGACUGUGUGCGUGCGUGCGUGUAUAUAUAUUACAGAAUGAUAAGAAAUCAAGAAAUUUUGCUAGUCUCGCGCUUGCAUGAGACUAGAGGUGAUGAUACUUCAGAAUCAGAUGAAGAAGAAGAAUUAGAAGAGGAUGAUCAAGAUACAGAAUUCGGCGAAGAAACCUAUCAAGAUGAUCAAGAAGCAACAACAACUUUGAACAACUAUGGUAAAUUCCUCCACAAUCUAUGUGGUAGGAAAAUGCAAAGACAAGGACGAGGACAAAGACAUGGCAAUUUGUUCGCCCUUGGGGGAGUCUUAGACCCAAGGGCGACAUGGGUGCAAGAGUGGAACAAAAUAUUUCUUCUCGUUUGUGUUACGGGCCUUUUUGUUGACCCUCUAUUUUUUUACGCACUCUCAAUUAGUGAGGCCUACCUUUGCCUCUUUGUUGAUGGGUGGUUCGCGAUAAUGGUCACGGUGAUACGAUGCAUGACUGAUGUGUUGCACGUAUGGAAUAUGUGGCUUCAGCUCAAAAUGGCCAAGCAUCACCAGCCUUUUAGUAGGGAUGGCAAUGGAGAAAGUAGGCUUGGUGAUAAGAGUGCUCAUAAAGUUGCUCUUGGAUACUUUAAAGCUAGAAAUGGCUUCUUCUUUGAUCUCUUUGUGAUCCUCCCUUUACCCCAGAUUGUAUUAUGGGUGGUAAUUCCAUAUUUGCUGCGAAGAGGAUCAACAAAUGCAGUGAUGAUAGUGUUAUUAAUCAUAUUUCUAUUCCAAUACCUCCCAAAGAUCUACCACUCAGUUUGCCUCCUUCGUCGAAUGCAAAAGUUUUCAGGCUAUGUCUUUGGUACUAUUUGGUGGGGUUUUGCCCUCAAUAUGAUUGUCUAUUUUGUCGCUUCACAUGCAGCAGGAGCAUGUUGGUACUUGUUAGGGAUUCAAAGGGUGAUCAAAUGUUUAUCAGAGCAAUGCAGUAAAAUGCAUGGGUGCAACACAAGAUUGUUAGCCUCCCAACAACCUAUCUUCUAUGGUGGUAAUAAGGCUUUAAUAAAAGAUCAUGGCCGCCUUUUUUGGGCUUCUAAUAGAGUUGCAAGACAUAAUUGCUUGGAGAGUUAUAAUAACUAUGAAUAUGGAGCUUACAAAUGGGUUAUCUACCUUGUUAGCAAUAACAAUCGCUUUGAGAAGAUACUUAUGCCCAUCUUUUGGGGGCUUAUGACUAUGAGUACCUUUGGGAACUUAGAAAGCACAGCUGAAUGGAUGGAGUCUCUCUUUGUCAUCAUUGUCUUAACUAGUGGGCUUCUUCUAGUCACCAUGUUAAUUGGUAAUAUCAAGGUGUUCUUGCAUGCAACAACAUCAAAGAAGCAAGCAAUGCAGCUGAGAAUGAGAAACAUUGAAUGGUGGAUGAAAAAGAGGAAAUUGCCUCUUAAGUUGAAGCAAAGGGUUCGCAACUAUGAAUGGCAACGUUGGGCAGCAAUGCGAGGAGUUGAUGAAUGUGAGAUGAUCCGAAACCUUCCUGAAGGUCUCAGGCGGGACAUCAAAUACCAUCUUUGCCUUGAUUUAGUUAAACAGGUGCCAUUAUUCCAGCACAUGGAUGAUCUAGUUUUAGAGAACAUAUGUGAUCGCGUCAAGUCCCUCGUAUUCACCAAAGGAGAGACGAUCACCAAAGAAGGUGACCCAGUCCAGAGAAUGUUAUUUAUAGUCCGAGGACAUCUUCAAAGCAGUCAAUUUCUAAGAGACGGAGUAAAAAGUUGUUGUAUGUUAGGCCCUGGAAACUUCAGUGGAGAUGAAUUAUUAUCAUGGUGUUUAAGAAGACCAUUUAUAGAGAGAUUGCCACCUUCAUCAUCAACAUUAAUCACCCUUGAAACAACAGAAGCAUUUGGGCUCGAAGCCGAAGAUGUUAAGUAUGUAACUCAACAUUUUCGCUACACAUUUGUGAACAAUAAGGUUAAGAGAAGUGCUAGAUAUUACUCCCCUGGUUGGAGGACUUGGGCUGCCGUCGCCAUUCAGUUAGCUUGGCGACGGUAUAAGCAUCGAUUGACGCUUACUUCCUUGUCUUUUAUUAGGCCUAGGAGGCCAUUGUCGCGCAGUUCCUCACUUGGUGAAGACAGGUUGAGGCUUUAUACUGCACUUUUAACAUCUCCAAAGCCAAAUCAAGAUGAUUUUGAAUUCUAGCUUAUUUGAUGAGGCAAUGUUGCACGAAGGAUUCAAACAAGGCCUCGCCUAAUGGCCUGGUAAAGGACUAAAGGUUUGGUCUCGUGACUUCAAGAUGUAUAGGGAAUCAAACCCCACUAGAGUGACGCUUUUUUAGGAUGAAAUUUCUCUUACCAUUCCUCCUCUCUCCUGAUAAGUCUGACCUGCGAUUUUGACUUGAUAUACAUGUGGAAGGUGUCAGAUUAGUAGGAUCAUUUUAGUUUAUGUAUAUGAAUGUGUUGUUUUCUCAAGUGGUAAUUAAUUUAUUGCGAGAAUAUGAUGUAAAUAAAUGGUUCUAUAUGUUUCAUCUUUAAAAUGUUGUUUAGAAUUAUCAUUAUAAAGUUU